AUGAGCAUACUAAAAUUGCGUAUUUCUAAACUUCCAACUACGGAGACUUCUUUAACGAACAAAGUUUAUUUAAAUCAACAUGAUUUAGAUGCAGCACUUACCAGCUAUGUUCGAGUUAUAACUGGCCCUGCACAUAAUUAUAUUUUCUCAUUUGCCAAUCAUAAUGGGAUUCAGCCAGGGGAGAUUGGUUUUUCUUUGCCUCAACGACGUUGGACAAAUGUUGGCUUGGAACAAAUUGUUCAGGUCCAUCCUUAUUCUUUUCCUCCUGGACAACAAAUUAUAACUUUCAUAAAUCUGACUGUUGAUUUCAUGAAGAAGCCUGCAAAUCCUACGGAGCCAUUGGAUUCUGAUCAGAUGGCUCGUGAGUUUCUGAUGCAGUUUGCGAACAUGGCUUUCACUAAGGAUCAAGAAUUGGUUUUUGAAUUUAGCCAGCAACGAAGAGGACAACAACAAAAUGACAAGUUGCCGACUGUUUAUACCUUGAAACUUUUUGUGAGAAAAAUGGAGGGAAUUACAUUUAAUUCACAACCACAAGAGUGUCAUUUCGGUCCUUUGAGCCCAAAUGCUGUUGUUAUUUUUGAUCGUUCUUCAGAAGGUUCUCAACUAAAUCUAAUUGGCCGUUCAAAGGGAAAAUCUACGCACAAAGCUCUAAUUAAUCCAGAUUGGGAUUUCCAACAGAUGGGAAUUGGAGGAUUGGAUAAAGAAUUUUCUGACAUUUUUAGACGUGCGUUUGCAUCGCGUGUCUUUCCUCCGGAAUUUAUUGAACAAUUGGCGAUGAAACACGUUCGUGGAAUUCUUCUUUUUGGUCCUCCUGGAACCGGAAAGACGCUUAUUGCUCGUCAAAUUGGAAAAAUGCUUAAUGCUCGUGAACCUAAAAUUGUGAAUGGACCUGAAAUUUUAGACAAAUUUGUUGGGGAAUCUGAAUCAAAAAUGCGAAAAUUAUUUGCUGAUGCAGAGGAAGAAUGGCGUCGUUGCGGUUCAAAUUCUGGACUUCAUAUAAUUAUUUUUGAUGAAAUUGAUGCAAUUUGCAAACAAAGAGGAUCUAUGACAGGCGCAACGGGAGUACAUGAUACUGUGGUUAAUCAGCUUCUCACAAAAUUGGAUGGUGUUGAACAAUUAAACAAUAUUCUCGUUAUUGGAAUGACUAACCGAAAAGAUAUGAUUGAUGAGGCUCUUCUCCGUCCUGGCAGAAUUGAAGUUCAAUUGGAGAUUUCAUUGCCAGAUGAGAAUGGACGUGUUCAAAUACUCAAGAUUCAUACUGCUAGGAUGAGGUUACUUUUUAACUUAUACGUAAUUUUAGAAAUUUAUAGAGAAUACAAUAAACUUGAUCCAAGUGUUAAUAUUGCUGAACUUGCCCAUAAAACAAAAAAUUUCUCUGGUGCUGAAUUGGAGGGACUUGUAAGAGCAGCUCAAUCUUCAGCAAUGAAUCGACUUGUAAAGGCUGGUGGGAAAGUUCAAGUUGAUGAGGAUGCUGUUGAGAAAUUAAUGAUUACUAGUGAUGAUUUUGAACACGCAUUGGAGCAUGAUGUUAAACCUGCAUUUGGUCAUAACGACGAAGACUUGGGCCGUUUACUUUAUGGAGGGCUUAUUUGUUGGGGUGAUUCAGUUACAAAAGUACUCGAGUCAGGUGACCUACUUAUUAAAGAAACUGCUGCUCCAGAUACUAGAGGCUUUGUGAGAGCUCUGCUGGCUGGCCCGGCAAACAGUGGAAAAACUUAUUUGGCCGCACAUAUCGCCAAAAAAUCUGAAUUUCCAUUUAUCAAAGUUUGCUCUCCUGAAGAUAUGGUUGGCUAUACUGAAUCAGCAAAAUGUUCUCAACUACGAAAAAUAUUUGAGGAUGCUUAUAAAUCUCCUCUUGGCUGUAUAAUUAUUGAUAAUAUUGAACGAUUACUUGAUUACUCUCCAAUUGGGCCUAGAUAUUCAAAUUUGGUGCUUCAAGCUCUUUUGGUGCUACUUGGAAAACGUCCUCCAAAGAAUCGUCGUCUUCUCAUAAUUGCAACUACUUCAACUGAGCAUUUUCUUCGUGAAGCUAAUUUGCUUUAUUCUUUUAGUUCAAUAAUUAGUGUAGAAUGUCUCACUAAACCAGAACACAUUUGUGCUGUUUUAGAAGAGACUGGUGGAUUUGAAACAAAAGAAAUUAAUUCUAUUAAGAAUAAAUUAAAUAAAGUUAAAUUCUCAUUUGGCAUUAAACACAUGUUGGAACUUCUUGAUUUUGUUAAACAAGGAGGACGUGAAUAUCAAGUUGAUUUGCUUUUGGAAUCCUUUGAAAAAGAAGAACUUGGAAUUUGA